GUUUAUCAACUAACUGUUUGCAAACUUGGGUAAGAUCAUCAUUUUUGUUAAUAGUUUAUAGGCCAAUUCUAGCAUGGGAGACCUUGGCAUGUCUCCUACCAGUGGGAGACCUAAAUACCUGCUAUAGAAGGUGGAACCGAACGAUUGUUCUCUGAACCUUGAUGAGAAACCAUUGUCGCCGAUGAAUUCAAUUUGAAGAGCAGAUCGGAUCUCUAAUCAGCGAAGAAGAGCAAGCCCACCUGCAGAAUUAAUCGAUUGGAGACAAUGGAAGGAGAAUUAAGCUGUGAAAAUCCGGAGGUUACCAACUUGGAUCUCGAAACGGACGAUGUAAGUGACGGUAGUAACAUGUCAAGUCCUGAACAUGAUAGCAAUUCAAAUGAAUAUGGAAGUGAACAUGAUGCUGGAAGUUAUACUGCUGAAGAAGACACUGUUGUUAUAAGAGACAUGGCAGAUAUAAAGAAAAUAUCUGUAGAAAAUUUUCAUUUAACUGAUAUAUCAAAAUACGAAUUUGCGAGCUUGGAUGUGGCCUACAAGUUUUAUUGUUGAUUUGCUAAAAUGUCUGGGUUUUCUGUUCGCAAAGGCCAUGUGAUUAGAAAUCGGGAGCGGCAUGUUUUGCAGCAAACAUUUUUAUGUUCCCGCGAAGGAUUUAGACAUUCGCAGGGUUUAAAUCCGGAAGAUCGACAACGUCAACAAAAGAACACAACAAGACGUGGGUGUAUGGCAAAAUGUAGAGUGCACAUAGACAUCAGAUCCAGAAGAUGGUAUGUCACCGUAUUUGAAUUUGAACACAACCAUGAGCUGUUGAAUGGAACAAUGUGUGGUUUUUUACCAGCAUAUAGGAAAAUGGCUCAAGGUGAUAUAGAUGAGAUUGAGCGCAACCGAACGGCAGGGAUAAGACCAUAUCAGGUGUAUGGUUCGAUGGCUAAUGCAUCUGGCGGUUUCCACAAAGUGGGGUUUGUUAAAAAGGAUUUGUACAACCAAGUUGGGAAACAGCGCAAAGAAGUGUAUUCUGAUACGUGCCGUGCAGUGAGGUAUCUCAGAGAUCUCAGCACCAAAGACCCACUAAUGUUUGUCACACAUUCCAUUGACUUGGAAAGAAGGCUUGAGCGGCUAUUUUGGUGUGAUGGGGAAAGUCGAAAGAACUACGAAAUAUUUGGUGAUGUUGUGGCCUUCGAUGCCACUUACCGGAAAAACAAUUACAAUUGCCCGUUUGUUGUGUUUUCCGGGGUUAAUCACCAUAAUCAGACCAUAGUGUUUGCAACAGGUAUUGUAACCCGAGAAACCGAAGAGACAUGUGUGGCUGCUGGAACAAUUCUUGACUGCAAUGAAUGGCAAGCAUCCGUUGUCAGUAAUUACUGACGGGGACCUUGCAAUGAGAAAUGCUAUUAGGAGGGUAUUCCCCACUUCCCACCACAGAUUGUGCGCAUGGCAUUUGUUAAGGAAUGCAUCGUCCAACAUUGGGAUUCCGGAAUGUAUGUCUCAUAUCAAAAGAUGUAUGUUGGGUGACAUGGAAGUUGAGAAAUUUGAAAACCUUUGGUCUGAGAUGGUUGAAAAAUUUAGGUUGCAAGACAAUAAUUGGGUGAAGGAUAUGUACGAGAAAAGGAAAAUGUGGGCGACCGCUCAUAUCAGAGGUAGUUUCUUUGCGGGUAUAAGAACUACUUCUCGAUGUGAAGCACUCCACAGCCACAUUGGACAGUUUCUACACUCUCGGAUCAAUAUGACUGAUUUUGUUCAGCAAUUUCACAGGUGCCUCACUUUUUUUCGUUUUAGAGAGAUCGAGGCUGAUUUCCAAUCCAAUUAUGGCGAGCCAGUAUUACAAACGAGCAUGAGGUCCAUUGAGAAAUCUGCUGCUAAACAGUUUACAAAGGAGAUAUUUUUGUUGUUCCGCUCUAUACUUAAGAACGCAGUGCUCCUACGUAUUACAGGAAGUGUAGAACUGUCUAUGGGGUAUAUUUUCAAUGUUUCAAAAUAUUGCGGUGAUGGCAGUGAAUGGUACGUAACCUUUUGUGAAGAACCAAUCGAUUUUAAAUGUUCUUGUUUGAGGAUGGAAUCUCUUGGAUUGCCAUGCGAUCAUAUUUUAGCCACGAUGCUGUAUCUGGACUUUGAUCAGCUUCCUGAGUGUUUAGUUUUGCCCCGGUGGUCAAAAUAUGCCAAAGAUUCAAUUCGUGAUACUUAUGCUAGUGGUUCCUUGUACUGGGAUGCACAACCGGCUGCUAGAUUUUCUGCCAUUGUGCAGAUGUGCAAAGUUGCUGCGGAGUUGGUGUUUAAUGAUUUAGAGGAGUAUAAUCACAUUGUUGACAUACUUGGUGGUGAAAUAAGGCGGUUGAAAAUUAAAAGAAACGACCAAAGUGGCGACCAAAGUGGUGAAUUAUCUCCAGUACUGCAGACGGGUAUCGAAGAAGUGGAUAUUUUGAACCCUGAUGUUGUUCGAACCAAAGGGUGUGGUGCAAUGCCCAACGGGACGCCAAGCAAUCAUAGAAGUCAUCGUAGCUGUGGAGUUUAUCGCGUGGUAGGUCAUAACAAGCAUAGCUGUCCUCACGUCCAUACUACCCCUCUUGGUGGAGAUACGCAAUAUUCGGCAUCUGAAUCAAGACACUACUAUGACGAUUCCUAUGAGUUCGUUGGUCAAUCUGGUUAUGAAAGGCAAUACUGAACGUGUUGAUGGUUAUGGAAUGUGGUAAUAAAAGUUAUAUCAGGACUUGUCACUGGUCCGGCGACUCUGCAGUGUUGUUGUCUUUAUGGUCGUUGUCUUAUACAGUUAUGAUGUUGCCAAAUGAACAUUUCAGUAUCUUUUCAUUUUUAAUUAGUUAUGUGUUCUGAUGUAAUAUUUAAAGUAUCUGUUCGUAUUUGGUGUGUUGUUCUAGUAGUUUUAAUUUUGGUUGAAUGGACAAUUGUUUUUGUUCUGUGAAAUUUUAAGGGCCUCGAUGGUCCUUUGUUAAUGUGAACGUUGAUGGGUUGGUUAUUAUGUGUAAACUGUGUUGUCGAAAUUUUGCAUAAAACCACACAUUUAACAUUUGAUAGUGCUGAUGACAAUUAUGUAAUCGAAACAAAAGGAAAAAAUUUGUUCGAUGGAAAUAAAUGCUGAUGGCAAUGGUUUGGUAAUACUCUUAUAUGGGUGAUCUAUUUAUUUGGGUCAUGAGGCAGCCCACGAGGAUCCAGUUGAAAGAAAUACCCAAAAGAAAAGUCAAACCUCCUAAUAGAUUGGAAGUAUAUGACUUCACCUGAGACUUGAGUCAUGUACCCCUAAAUAUAGGAGUAUUCAUGAAA